AUGGAGCGGCGGCGCGCGCCCGCCGCCCCGCCCCGGUACGGGCGGCGCCGGUUCUGGGACGCGCUGUACCGGCGGGAGGGCGCCGAGACCCGCGAGUGGCUGGGGGGGCUCUCCCGGUUUCUCCCGCAGCUGGAGCCCGAGCUGCGCCCCGGUGACCGCAUCCUCGUCCUCGGCUGUGGCAACAGCGCCCUGAGCCACGACCUGCACGAGUUGGGCUACACCGACGUCACCAGCAUCGACUUCUCGCCCGCCUGCAUCGCGGCCAUGCGCGCCCGCUACGCCUCCUGCCCCGGCCUGCGCUGGGCCGUCAUGGACAUCCGCGCCCUCGCCUUCCCCGACGCCUCCUUCGACGUGGUGCUGGAGAAGGGCACCCUGGACGUGCUGAUGGUGGAGGAAACCGACCCCUGGGACGUCUCGCCCCAGGCAGCCGCUGCGAUGCGCCGGGUGCUGGCAGAGGUGAGCCGGGUGCUGCGCCCAGGGGGCUGCUUCAUCUCCAUCACCUUCGCCCAGCCCCACUUCCGCAAGCCCCACUAUGCCCAGGAGGCCUUUGGCUGGUCCCUGCGCCACGCUGCCUGUGGGGACGGCGACGCCGGCGCCUUCCACUACUUCCUCUACGUCAUGCGCAAGGGGCAGCCCCUGGACCCCCGGGACGUGGCCCUGGGGCGCCGCCUGCACCAGCCACCCUCGCCCCCCGCCCCACCACCGCCCCCCGCGCCCCCGGAUGACGACGAGGACUAUCUGCUUGCCAUCCAGCUGUGACCCAGGGGGCUUUCCCAGCCUCCCCCCACCCAACAAAGCCUUGAGAUGCUCCAUCCUCACAGGUGGGAGACAGGGAAGCGCUCCAUCCCCCUGCAAGGUGCCCGGUGAUGUGGGUAAUGGGAGCAAAGGGGGGGAUACUUGGCCGCCUCUGAGGGGCACAGGGAUGCUCUGGUGAUUCUGUGCCCCCUCCCUGGCCUUUCCUUGCUGAGCUGGAGAGCAGCCAGGAUUCCAGGCUUUGCAGCCAGUAAUGAAACCAAAUCGGGUUUAAUUUCACCCAUCCAUCUUGCAGGGAGUGGCUCCCUGUCCCCCAUCCCUUCCCCUUGGCACAGACAGCUGGGCUGAGGGCACAGUGGGGCUGCUGGCACUGGGUAUAGGGGCAGAAUUGGGGGUGCCCACUGCUCCACCCCCCACCCCAUCCUGCACCAGGACCCCUGCCCCAGCUUCCCUGGCCACGGGGGUGUGCAAGGGCACUGUAUUCUUGUCCUUGUCACCCCCCCAAGUCGUGGGGGGUCCAGGCUGGAAUGUACCAGCACGGGGCAGGCGGUGCCACAGGGCUGGAAGGGCAGCACAUCUGCUUCUUUCCCCAUCCCUCCCCACUCCUGCCUGUGGUGUGCCACACAAUCCCAGUGUGCCACACACACCUGGCCCGUGUCCCCCUGUGCCUGGGGCCAGCAGCACGGUGACACGUGGGUGCCACUGGCAGUGUCCCCAGAGGCUCUUUGGGCACCAACUCCCCCUGGGUGGGCAAAAGGGACCUGUCCUGGGCUGGCUGGCGGUGACACCACAGAGGCACAAGCUGCUGGGCUGCUAUUUCAGGCAGAAGGUGUAAGUGGGUCAGCCAGCGGCUCCCCCUGCACCAGGAGCCAGCAAAGGGCUCCGGGGUAAGUCCCCAUCCUGGCCAUGCCACCCCAUUCUGGCCAUGCCAUCCCAUCCUGGCCAUGCCACCCCAUCCCACAGGCACCCCAAAACCAACUGGCACGAGGAAGGGACAGAAAGGAGCAGGCAGCUGCCGGCUUCACCUGGGUACAUGAAUGUAUUUUAUUCAUUGCAUUUUGUUCACCAGUACAGUGAAAAAUGGCAUUUAAAUUUACAAUGGAUCAUUCGUAGAACAUCAUGACACAAGUAUCUUUUUUUUUCUUUUUUUUUUCUUUUUUUCCUCAGUUUUUUGUUUGUUUUUUUUGUGUUUUUUUGUGUUUUUUUGGUUUUUUUUUUGCGUCGUUGUCUCCAUAAAUGCCACUCGUAGGUUAUUGAAAAAGAUGACAAGUUUCUCAUGCACAUCAGAACCCCCCGAGAAGCUUCUUAAAAAAUAAAAUUAAAUUAAAGUACAAAAUUAAAAACAACGACUCAGGCCGGUCCCUGCCCUCCCCACUCUCCCCUGACCCCACCACCCUCGAGUGAGGGGCAGUGCUGGGACCCCCCCUGGCACCUGCAGCUGGCCCCGGUGGGCUCUGCCCCGGUUCUGCCGGGAAGGAACUGCAGGGCCGGUGAUGCUGCCAAAGCCUCUGGUGCUCCCGCUGCCUGCCAGCGGGGGGGUCGGGCCAGGGGUCCCUGCUCCCCUCCCUCCUCCUGUGGCUUUCCUCAUGCUCCCUCCAUCACUCUCGCCCCCCUUUAAUUUUUGCCCUCGUUUUUUUCUUCUUUUUUUGUCUUUUUUUUCUUAUGGAAAAAAAUAUGAACCUUUUUUUUUUUUGUUGUUGGUUGGUCGGUUGUUUUCGUUUGUUUUCUCGAUGCAGUUACUUUGACAUCUCAACGUCAGCAGAUCGUUUUUAACAAAGAUUCGGAUAUAAAAAUACAAA